CCCCUCCCCUGGCUGGCCUGCUCUCCUGCCCAGGUAGGAGCUGGCCCCUCCCAGGAAGGCCCCGCCCUUGACCUGCCCUGAUCCUGGCUCAUCCUGGCCCCGCCCUCCAGUUGGGCAGGAGGCAGACCAGGAGCUUCGGAAGCACCGCCACUGGCAGCCAUCAGCCAUGGGGAACAGCCACUGUGUCCCACAGGCCCCUCGCAGGCUGCGUGCUUCCUUCUCCAGAAAGCCCUCGCUGAAGGGACACAGGGAUGACAGCACCAGGAAGCUGGCUGGCCUCUGCCCCGAAGUUGGUCCCGAUGGGGACGCUGCUGACAAGAUCUUCUACUACAUCCCAGGCUCGGAUAUCCCAGGCCUGGAGAGCCAGCGAGAGAGCCUGGAGCAGCCAAUCCUGAGCGUGUUCCGGAAGGGCCGGCGGCAGGUGCCUGUGAGGAACCUGGGCAAGGUGGUUCACUACAGCAAGGUCCAGCUACGCUUCCAGCACAGUCAGGACACCAGUGACUGCUACCUGGAGCUCUUUCCCUCCCACCUCUACUUCCAAGCCGUGGGCUCGGAGGGGCUCACUUUCCAGGGGCUGUUGCCACUGACUGAGCUGAGCUUGUGCCCACUGGAGGGCACCAAGGAGCACGGCUUCCAGAUCACAAGCCCACUGCCCACGCCCCUCCUGGUGCUGUGCCCCAGCCAGGCUGAGCUGGGCCGCUGGCUCUACCACCUGGACAAACAGAUGACGCUGGUUGCAGGGCUGCGGCACUGCCACUCAGCACCCCUCCAGGGUCCCACUGAGGAUGAGCUCCCCUGGACUCUACAGCGCAGGCUGAGCCGGCUUCGGACAGCGUCAGGGCGUCUUGUGGAGGGCAGCGCCAUCUGUGCCUCCAGGGUUAAACUGCAGCACUUGCCCGCGCAGGAGCAGUGGGACCGGCUCCUCAUCCUGUACCCCACUUCUCUGGCCAUUUUCUCUGAGGAGGCAGAAGGCCUUUGCUUUAAGGGGGAGCUCCCACUCAGCGCCGUGCAUAUCAACCUGGAGGAGAAGGACAAGCAGAUCCGCUCCUUCCUCAUUGAAGGACCCCUCAUUAACUCCAUCCGUGUUCUGUGUGCCACCUACGAGGACUACAGCCGCUGGCUGCUGUGCCUGCAGGAGCUGGCCAGCCGGGAUACUCCCUCUGCUCCCCCGAGUCUGCUGGGACUGCGGCUACCGGCACAUGCGGUGGCUGGUGCCCUAGGCUCCCUCCCCUCUGAUGGGCGAGCCAGCUGGGACUCGGGGUGCCCAGCCACCUCCUCUGCCCAUACCAGUCAAUCCCUCCCGGAUUCCUGCCAUGCACAGCCUGCACCUGAGCAGGACCCCCCUGGCUGCUCCAGCAUCACCAGGCAGAGGGCAGAGCUCAGGCGGGGAGGCAGCAGCCGGUCCCCCAGGAGCAAGGUCUGUGGGGAAGGGCCUGGACCGGCCCCCCUGCUGCACCUGGACCUGACCAAGCUGAGUGUGGACACUAGUGCCCAGACCACAGAGCAGUCCCUGGAGGCCCCACACUCCCCACUCUACGCUGACCCCUACACACCUCCUGCCACCACACAUCACAGGGUUACAGACGUGCGGGGCCUGGACCAGUUCAUCAGCGCCAUGCAGAGCUCACUUGGACCCGAGCCCUCCAACCAGUUCCCCCGGGUGCCAGUGUCUGUGCCGGUUACUGACCCCCAGUUGCCAUCAAGGAAGGGUCCCCCACCGCCUCGCACCUCCCUGCACCACCGAGGCUCUUUCAAGGGCCGGGCAGUACAGCCCCCAGGCUCUCCUCAGCUAGUAUCCUCUUCAAAAGAAGAGUCCCCCCAGCCCCUGCCACCUCCUGCAGACAGCUGCACCCCCUGGAGCUACGACAUCUGGGACAAGGCCUUGUCUCCUUCCCAUCAGCGGGGUGCCCGGAGGCAUGCCCUUGAGACUGAGGGGGGGCUGAUCCAAUGGAUCUGAGGGCCCCCACAUUGAGGGGCAGCAGAGCCUCUGUGGAACCCAGCCAAUAACAGCUGAUUGAAGGAGACUCCAGGUCCCUGAGUUUGGGGGGACUCUGGGUUCUUGGGGGCCAGGAGGAAGCCCCAUCCUGAUAAUGACUACAGAUCAGGGUGGGACCCCCAAAGGGUCCAAACCUCAGCUCCAGCCCCCCAGGAAAGAAAUGAGGGUGCUUACUGCCCCCCCACAUGGGUUGCACGUGUGAAAGUCAAGGGGCUGAGGAGGCUGAGUGAAGGUCAGAGUACGUGAGGUCAGAGGUGUGGAGGUUGGAGGUCAGCAAGGGCAGAGGGGUCCCCAGCAGGAAGGGAUGGCCCCACUGGUGAGCAUGUGUGGGUACAGGGCAGGCGGGCGAUGGUGAUGAAAGAUCCAACAAGAAAGGAAAAAGUGACUUUA